GGGCGGCGGAGGCGCUGUCGGCGCGGCUGCAGAUGUCGGACCCGCGGGCGGCUGAGGGGCCGGGCUGCUGGAACCCCGAAGUCCGCCGACAGAAGGCGGGCGGCGUCGGGGACGGCCCGGGAGUGGAAGGGAGCCAGGCGGCCGCUUCAGAGAAUGAAGAUCUAGAAAACACCGAGGUCACCUCUCCAGUGGCUUCUGCCUGUGAUCCAGAGUCCCAUUCCUCACCCUACAGGCCGCAGAUGGUGUCUCCAGUGAGUGAGGAUGCCACAGAAGACCUGCAGAAAACCCCCGGUGCCCUGGUGGCUCAGGCCUUGGUGGAACAGGAAUUGCUACAUGCAGAGAUGGCCAAGCACCAAGUUCCACAGUGGCCUGGGGACAUCAUUAUGAUCCAGUCUGAGCACACAGGAGCUGUAGAUAUUCUUUCAGCUGAUUUGGAAUCUGCAGACCUUCUGGGGGACCACAGGAAAGUGUCCCCACCUCUGAUGGCUCCUCCAUGCAUCUGGACCUUUGCCAAGAUGAAGGAAUUCAAAAGCAAGCUGGGCAAAGAGAAGAACAGCCGUCUGGUGGUGAAGCGGGGUGAGGUAGUGACCAUCCGGGUACCUACCCAUCCAGAGGGGAAGCGUGUCUGCUGGGAGUUUGCAACCGACGACUAUGACAUUGGCUUUGGAGUUUAUUUUGACUGGACCCCUGUAACCAGCACUGACAUAACUGUGCAGGUCAGUGAUUCCAGUGAGGAUGAGGAUGAAGACGAGGAAGAGGAGGAGGAGAUUGAAGACCCUGUCCCAGUUGGAGAUGUGGAGAGAGGCUCCAGGAGCUCACUGCGGGGUCGCUAUGGGGAGGUCAUGCCUGUGUACCGGCGAGACAGCCACCGAGAUGUGCAGGCUGGCAGCCACGACUACCCCGGGGAGGGCAUCUACCUGCUCAAGUUUGACAACUCCUACUCCCUGCUACGCAACAAGACUCUCUACUUCCACAUCUACUACACUAGCUGAAGGCCCAUGGGGACGGGGCAGGCGGGUGCUCACUGGCUAGAGCAGGCUGCCAGCUGGUGCUUCUUGUUUCCGGUAGGCAAGAGCUCGAAGUUGGGCGUGAGGCACCUGGCCCUCACGCCCUGCCUGGCGUGCCUGACUGGUGACCCUGUGUAGCUUUUCCGCCUUCUUGGCUUCUGCAGAUGGUGGUAUAGUGCCCCUGUUCUGUGGUUCCUGACUCACACUCUUCUUGCUUCAGACUCCAGCAAAAUCACUCUGCGAAGGUGCCUAUCAGGCAACAGCCUAAAAGGAAGUUGAGUGUUGUCUUUUAAAAAGAGGUUUGUCUUGGUACAAGGUAUAUUUUUGCAAUUGCUGCUCUCUCCUUGCCCAGGGCCUUUAUUGCAGAUGUGUUUGGUGAUACCCACUCUCUUUUUGAAGUGCUAGAAGAGGGAAAAGCACUUGUUUAUGAAGGAACCUAAUCUCUUGGAUGGAGAAAGCUCUGUCCAGCCUCUCACCACUGCCAUAUUCCCACCUGCUGGUUCUUUGUGGUCUCUAGCACAGGCUGGGAGCCUUCACUGCCUCUGAGGGGUGUUAUUAGUCCUGAUGGUUCACCUCUGCCUUUUUGCCUCCUCUUUCCCCAUUCUUAAGCCUAUGUUGUUGCCGUUACAGCAAGAACUCCCAUACAAUCUAAAGUGAUGAUCAGUGUAACUAGGAUCUAAGGGGAGUUAAAACUGCCUCUUCCUGUUUCAAGAGGUAGUGUCCCUUACCAAGGGCGCUGGUGGUUGAAGGAGAAACGGUGGCAGUUAAGUACUGGACUGAUCUCAGAACUCACAUCUUGAAAGUCAUGUGUUACUAAAUUAUUAUUUUUUGCAUAUUAAAAGAAGAAGGGGUAUAAUCUAAGAGAGAAGGUUAAAAAAAAAACAAAAAACCCAGAUUUCCUACCACUUUUUUUUUCUUUAGAGUUUGAGUGUUAUUUAGAAAUUUUGCUUUGGAACCAAUCAGACUUCCAAAGUUUCUGGAUUUAGGUUUCUUGUGUUGAGGGCUUAAAGCUUUUGGUGUUCAGAGUCUCUGAGGAAAGGUGAUAAUGAGCUUCACUGUUGCCGCUGAUUGGAUUUAUUCUUUACCGGGCCAGAGCUUGCAUUUCCUUGGUGACCGCCUUUCCUCUCUAUAACUCUGAGGCCCAGGAGUGCCGAAGGGUGCUGCAGCCGGUGGUCACCAGAGGGGCAGGGUGGCAAGGCUUCAGGCAGAGAAGGAGGCAGAGAAGGGUCCAUUGAGGUUGUCGGUACCUCCUUGUUUCUAAUUCCUUGUGUCAAGUCUGUUACUGCCUUAGAAUUUUGAAGAAUGAUUAGAUUUAUUUAUUACUUUAUUUAUUUUUUUUUUUUAGUACAUUUCAAUUUGCCUUUGACCAUCUGUUUCUCAGAAGGCUUCCAUCUGCUCUGAGCCAUUGAGGCCACCUCUUCUGUAGAGUUAAAGAUAGAAUCAUUUAGGAGAUUUUAGGAGAAGUUGAGAAGUGGACAUGUUCUCUUCCUGCAGGCCAGUCCUGUGAUGCUUUAGAAGGAAUCUGCCCCUUCUGGAGUGGAUGACACUGACAUACCCUGGCGUUUCCUGUGAGGAGCUCUAGGUUGUGAGGGAGUCAUAUGCCCAGGAUUGAGUACAGAGGACUCGACUCUCCACUGAAGGAUAUCCUGUGAUUCCAGGUUGUCAAAGUCCUUUGCCUGCUCUGAGGCGUCACUUUCUUCACAGUAUUUCCUCUGGCUCAUUCCAGGCCUCCCCUGUGUACAGGAACAGGAACUAGAAGGACCGGGCUUCUCACGAUAGGUCUGUUGUAGCAUCUGUGUCACACGUAAAGGGUGAUACAGACUGCACCUUCUGGUUUCCUGGGAGCAAAGCCCAAAGUAGAGUAAGAUGUGGACUGCCAUAGCAUUGAUGUUCUCAGAGCGGCAUCAUACCUCCAUUAUUUUAUAUUUUGUAGAGAUUACACUGGCCAAAAUUUAUAUACCUUGUAAGAAAUUAGAAAUUAUUUUAGUGACUGUCUAAUUGGGCGGUGAAAGGCAAACUUGCUGUGCGUCAUCUCAUCAAAUAGCUGAGUGACCACUCAUAUCACUGAAGUCGAAUCAUACCUUUGCUAAUACAAUCUUUAUAAAAUAAUUUUAUACCAAGCUGUUCUCCAGUCAGCUAAAGCUUUGCUUAUUUUUCCUGUUUAUUAUUAACUUCUGACUUUCUCUUGAAAUGGAGCUGCCAGGCCAUAGCAAGCUCCCUGGGUAAUACUUAUUGUUUAUUUUUGCUGUGAGAGUCUCUGUACUUAUUUUCUUUGGAAUUCUUGUUCUCUUGCAUCAGGGAAGCCCGAGGGAAUUGUUCCCAUUGCUUGUGUGUGCCUCUUAUUGUCUGGUCACUUUGAAGUCCUGGACAUUGUUACAUUUCAGUCAGGGUUUCUUUGUUCCAUUUGCACAAAAUUGCUGAGAAGAUAUUUUCACUGUCUAAUUAAUUCACCAUCUCAUAUUAAAUUUCCGAAAUUAUUGAACUUUAAAGACAAAAUAUUAUUUACUGAGGCACAGGUAAUUACUGAGAAUUUCAUAACCCAGCAAAUCCUAAGAGGUAGUUAUUUCCUUAGUCUCCCCACAUCCAAGUUUAUAGAACCAAAUGAUGAAAUGAAAAUCAUUUGUUUUCACCCUCACCCUGUUCUCUGGAGCACAAAUAAACAUUAACAAACAAUCAAAAGAAAGUGUUUCAUCUUAGGAGGGAGACUGGGAUUCUUUACACAGAGUGGCUGAGUUCUUAAAUUUCUUCAGUUUGUUUAUUUUUGCUACUUUGUUGAGAGAUGGGGCUUUUAGAAAGGAAGACAUGUUUAAAGGGUUAAUUUUUUUCCAAUAUUUUACCAUGAAAAAUUUCCAGCAAACAGAAAACUUAAAUAUAUAGUAAACACAUUUAACUAUACCACCACAUAGAGUUUAAAGUUACAAGAUACUAAUUUUUAAACAAAGAUGAUUCUACCAUUCUGUUCCUUUUGACAAGUGUCCACUUAGAGUAUGUUCCCUGCACAGGCAUCAGUUUAGAGACCUCCUGGAUUUUUGCAGACUUGUUUCAUUCAACAUGGGUUACCUGGAAGGUGGUCCUCGUAAGUAUUUCUUGGCUUCCAUCUUUCAAACUCCUGCUGUAUUUCCCCUCUCCCUCAGGCCAUAAUUUCUGCUGUUUUCUUCUGUAAUGGGACUGUUGGAGUGAGGGUAACUAUAAAGUCCUCUGAAAGGACUUUAAUCUCUUUGCUUUAUGAGACAUCCUCAGGACUCUGGAUUAAAACUCAAUCCUCACAUAAUAUGCAGCUUUAUAAUGGAAAUAGGUAGCAAUUCGAAAUGAGGCCAUUUUUAGUUAUUUUCUUAAUUGAGUCAUGCACUUUAAAAAUGUUUGAAUCUAUAGGAAAGAAAAUCUUGUACUUUUAUAAAGUAUAUAUUGUCCCUUAUAUAUGUAGAAGAGUUAAAUAUGAAUGCUCACUGUCUUAUAUUUAUCAGUGGGAUUAGAUAUUAUUGUAAAAUUUAUUAUUUAUAGGAAGUAUCUGAGUUUACAUGUUUUUGAUGAGUCCUACCCAGUCCAUUGUUGAAUUAGAUGAAACCCAAACGCCAAAGUCUGUAUUUUUGUAUUUAAAGACCACUUUUCUGCAAAAGAAUGCCUUUUAACUCAAAAGUUUGUGGUUCUAAGGUAGAGAGUUGAGUAACCCUAAUAUGUACUGUUGUUUUAGAGGAAGGGGCAUGAAUGUUACUGUUCUGUGCAGCUUGAGAACUGCCUUUUUAAAUUAAUAGUAAGGAAUGAAAACAGUAAAUUGAGGUGAAGGUAGAAAAACUAUCCUGGAGUUUUGCUCAUAUCCCAAUUUUGUUUAGUUCUUUAGUUUCCGCUUCAUUAGUUGGAAUUGUUCUGGCUCUCCUUCUGCUUGUUGGAGAAAUCCCAAACCCACUUUGCCACCUUUUCCAACACAAUCGACUUUAGAAGUGUUUUUAAGUAGGUCUCCUCUGCUAAGCGUAAUCCUGACCUGAAGAUUGAUUUCAUCUCUAUAGUCUCUGGGAUUUAGGAGCCCAGCACCAUGAAAAAAAGAUGGUGGGUUUGGAAGAGGCUAGGCAGAGUUCCGGUUGUGUCACUGCAGCCUCAAUUUGGUUUUGACUAUGGUCAAGAAAGGGAUGAAAAAGGUUAAUUUUGAUCAACAUCAUAGAAGAGUCUCAAGCCACAAAGGUGUGUUUGUGAACAAGCUGUGACCCUGUAGGCUGACCGUCCUGCGAGGUAUUGGAAUCACCACCAUCUUUAAUCCUGGUGGGAUGGCCAUAUACGCAGCAGUAAAGAGAACAAAGCACACACACAGUUUGUUCUCCUUGUUAGAGCUUCCAGUUAGACUUUCUCUUGAAUGUAAGGUCCACAUCCAACUUUUUAGCUAGUUUCUAUCUGGCCAAAAGUGUAGAACUCAUGAAUCUGCUAGAAAAGGGAAGAGCAUCAUCCCUAUUGCAUCUCAGUGGCUGAAAAAGAGUUGGAAAGUGAGUUUCUGUCUGAAGGAAGGUAAUUUCAUUUUUGUUGUCGUGAGUGGUAGCUUGUUAAGGGAUUCAUGUUCUUUAGCGAGCAAGUCAUUAUAUUCAUUGUGUUUGUGCUCAGGGAGCCAUGAUGCAUAAUUCUUUAGGGAGUAAGUAGGGACUGGGUGUCUAAAACCAAUCACGAGCCUGGUGCUUUCCAGCAAUCUAGGAUGUGGUGAGUAUCCUCAUGGCCAAAGUUCCAGUCUUCACGCAUGUGGGAUCCUUAUCCCUAGGCUCUCAUUUCCAUGUAGCUGAGAGACAAAGAGAGGCACUAGCUCCCCGUGUUCCUCUCUGAUGUCUUGAUCAUUUCUGGUAUUGUUCAGCACUGGCAGCAUGGUUCCUGGUGGCCUGUUUUCUGGGCAUGGGGGAAGGCCCUCAGGGAAGAACUGCUUUGGUUCUGUCGGUACCUGAAUAUGGUCAGCAUUACUCUUUUGCCCUGUCUAACCAGUCCAGCACCUAUGGACACUCCUUUGACAUCUACCCACUUAUUCAGGUAAUGAGGUUAGGGUAGGAUUUGGGACUCAAAGAGUGAGAGAAACUUUGCUAAGUAUUGUAAAGCCAGAUUUCAGAAGUCAGUGCUUUCUCUAGAAUGUUGCAUUGUCCCUGCCUGAACCAAAAAGGCCAGACAAAGCUCCUCCUGUUUGAAUCUCUUGUUACCAAGCUAAGAAAACCUAAUUACUUGCCUAAGCCUUGAUAGCAGGGUUUAUUUACAAAUAGUCAUUCCCUCAAACGUUAAGUCCAAAGGCAAGACUCUGGCUUUGCAAUUAUUUGUAGUCCUGGUGCUUGUUUGAACUCAUGAUUUCUAUUAUAUAUAUUUUAAUUUCUUUUAGGCCCCAGGCAUGUGGACCAGAGUUAAUUUCAUGUCUCUUCUUCACUCUAAGAGAUGAGGAAAGGGUACUCCAGAAAUCUAGAGAUACAUUUUAAUUAAAUUCUAUAGUUUUCGGUCACUUUAAGCAGGUAGUUUUGGCUUAUCUAGGGAUAAAAUAAUAUAUGUGAAAUGAUUUCCAGGGAACAAGUAUAUUUCCUUAAAGUUCUGUUAUAAGGCCAUGAACAAUUCUAAAGUUUUGGUUUAAAAUAUUAUAGUACAUAGGAUUGCAGAAGAGCUCUUUACCGGCAGUCAGUUUAGGGAGCUCUCUUCCUGCACUCUCAUCCUCACUGAGGUUUGAAAUGCCUUAUCUGUGAUGUCCCAUUGGAUUGGUUGUUAUUGUUGACUUUUAGGUUCAGGCAAGAAUCAUCUGGAAAACAUUAUCUUAAUUCUUUCUCUCAUGUCCUAAACAGUACAUUAAACUAAGAAAUUCCGUAUUAAAAACUCCACUAAUAUCCCUUUCUGAGAUAAUUGUCCCAUAAAUUCCUUUUGUUUGUUUAAUCAGGUUGGAUUAUUUCCAUUUAGCCAUGUUCAAGAGCAAGUAAAGUCUAGAGAAAUCAACCCUGUAACCAUGACUCUGGUGUACUCAUUUUCCCUUAAUAAUGGGAAGUGUUUUGAAAUUCCCAGAAGAAAGCUGCUUUGUAAUCAAAGUGAUGGGUUAUAAGAAAACCAGACUUAGGGUAAGAGUCAUUGGAAUAGAGGGAGGUGCUUGAAGAUUUCCUAAACUACUUUAUGCCAUUUAGCUUAUUUCUGAAAGGCCUGCUUUGGUGCUAUGGACUGAGAUCUAUCAAUCGAUUGAAAGAUGGUCAAGCUUUCUUGGUAAAUAGUUAAGCAAUUCGCAACCAACCACAAAGGCAUUCUUUCCUUAUUCUAUAUCAUGCACCGAAACUGACAUUACAAAAAGGGAUCUGGAAGGGAAACAGUGUCACAGUCUUUUCUUUAAAAUACAAAAGUAUCCCAACCAGUCAUUGAUGGCAGUCAACUUUUUUACAUGUCCCCUCUCAUGAGAAAUACUGUCAACAUCUCCUAUGAUUUGUAAGUUAAGAGCUCUGUACCAAAUUGUUAUUUAAUCAUGUCCUGCUGAGUGGUUUUUCUUUUAAAAUACUAUAUUUUACCACCCUUUGGUAUUGAACGUGUUGCUGUGAUACACAGAUGAUCCCGAGCUAUGGUUCUUUAAAUAGCUCAGAUCUUGUGUUUUUAUAUUAUGUAAUAGUUUUGUGAUGCUUUUGUGCAUUCUUUGUUUUUUCUUCCGAGUUUGAAUAUGUCAUAAAUAAACUUUUUCACUAUGCACCUGAAA